AUGCCGCGGCUCCGUCUGAUGUUCCCGUUCCUGUGGCGUGACCGCAUCGAGGGUCGCGCCAAGCGCAGUGUGCGGGACCAGCCCAAGCCGCUGCUACUGAACAGCUACCGCGCACACCUCCGCUGUGUUACUGUAAUCGAAUAUGUCGACGAGCUUAAACUUCUUUAUACCGGCAGUUCAGACUACAGCGUUCGAGUGUGGCGUCUGUCAGGCGAGUACCUGCAGACACUGGGCAGCUUCCUGCCGUGGACCCUGGAGGUGACGCGCUUCCCGCCCGACGUGAAGAAGGUCGCCAGCUUCACCACGUUCAAGGUGUGGCGCAGUGGCCAAGUGUCGCGCUACGUGCCGGGGCAGAAGGUGGUGGACAAGCUGCGCGACAUCACCGAGCACGAGCUCAGGACCAAGACCUUCGGCGAGGCGCCUAACGAGCCGUUGCUUGGGAAGUACUACGCUCUACCGAUCAGACCUGAACGACAAGAUAAAAUCGUACUUGACGACUCAAUGACAACGGUUCCGCUGUUUGCUCACCUACGUAUGGCGUCCACGCAGCCCGUGCGGCGCCCGCCUACCCCUGAUUUGGUACGGAAGACUCGAUUGAAGCGCCAGUUGAAGAAGGCGCAGCACCAUGACCAACCAACUACUCAGUUCCAAAUCAACGCACCGAUACAUAAAACAUCAAUCACGACACAGCCUGCAAAACGUGCGUCCUCGAGCGCCCAGCAGUAA